GAAAAUAAUUAUUUUUAGAUGCAGUUACAGUGGCGCAUGAGCAACAUUCAAAUAAUCGGUAGAACUGCAACAACGUUUAGAUACAUGGCAACCACAAGCAGUGAUUUGUUAUUUUUAAAUGUCAUUGAUAAAUUUUAUGGACAAAAAUACAAAACAAACCCAUGAAGAUUCCAAUGAAGAAAAUAAAAAAAAUGAGACAAGUAAAGAAUAUGAAGUGGACUUCAUUAACCAUCCGCAAACGAUACGUGAAUCUGAUUUAAAUUAUAAAUCUAAACAAAAUAAGAUGAAUUCACAACAUAAUCAACGCGAACGUAAUUAUUCCCGUUCUCGUUCACCGAACAGUACCAAAAGCUCUAAAAAAUGGAUAAGCUCUAAUGCCUUUAUCAAUUUUGUACAGGACUUCAGACAGAAUUGUACAAAUGAAAAGAGUACAAAAAUAUUUCAAUUAGCUGGGGAAAGAUGGAGAAAAAUGUCUUUUGAAGAAAAGCAACCAUACGUAAAUGAAGCUCUGAGUGUUAAAAAUCAAAGGGUUUCACAGAAAAAUAAAUAUACAAAUAAACUUCAAACAAAUACAGAAUCAACAAAGAACGAAAAUAUACCUAAACAAGAGAAAGUAAAUAAAAAAUCAGAAAGAAAUAAAAAGGUUAAUUUUAUCAUUUACUUAGAACACUUGAAGUAUUCUAGAGCAUUGUUAUAGAAAUAUAUUUUCUUUUUAGGAACCCAAAACACAGAAAAAAGAGACUAAAAAGGCAAGUGAUACUGAAUCAGACAGUGGUUCAGCCACCUCAGGUACAGCAGGAUCAGCAACAAGCGAGGAUAUGUCAGAUACAAGUUAGAGAAUAAACAGCAACUGAUUAUAUAAAUCCUAUGCUGUAGCUGUAAUCAAUUCAUAAUUCAACAAUUCCUCUACUUAUGUAAUUUAAACUCAUGUUUCAUACAAAAUACAAAGUAACAGAUAUACUUUAUAAUAA